UAGUUAUUUGUGGAUGACAACAAUCCCAAGGGUCCCAGAUAUUGCUUGUUUGUUCCUCAGUGCAGUCUGGAGCAAGGGAGAAGAAAAGGCAACGGUCAGAGCCCCCAGUCCCCCACCAACGCCACCACCCCCACCAACGCCACCACCGCCACCACCGUGAGGAACAGGUGCUGCAUCGCUUUUCUGGAAGAGGAGUUUAAAGAUGCUGCGACCAACGGGGAAGCAGUACGUGGUGACCAGGCCCCUCUACUCUGAGGACGCAUUCGCAGAUGAACACGCCAAGGUCCGCAGGCAGCGUAAGACCACACGGCAUCAUGUCAAGGACUACUUCACCUGGAACUCCAAGCGUGUUAAAAACGCAGCCCUCUCCCUGCUCCCCAUCGUUGGCUGGAUGAGAAUCUACCGGCUAAAGGAAUGGUUACUGAGUGAUAUUGUAUCUGGGGUCAGCACUGGACUGGUUGCUGUCCUACAAGGUCUGGCGUAUGCUCUCCUGGCCUCCCUCCCUGCCUGGUAUGGCCUCUUCACUGCCUUCUUCCCUGUGAUUGUUUACUUGUUCCUUGGCACCUCUAGGCACAUCUCAGUGGGGGCGUUCCCGGUCUUGAGUCUCAUGGUGAGUGCGGUGGUGACCAGAAUGGUGCCUGAUGAAGGUUCCCUGUUCAACAUCACUGGGUUUCAGGGGCUGUCAAUAGAAGAGCAGAGAGUAAUGGUGGCUGCCUCUGUCACCUUCCUCAUGGGGCUAAUGCAGCUGGCCAUGGGCCUGCUCCAGAUUGGAUUCAUUGUCAUGUACCUGUCUGACACACUGGUGUCUGGGUUCACCACAGCUGCUGCUGUCCACAUCCUGGUGUCCCAGCUGAAGUUUGUAUUGGGACUGGAGGUUCGGGGACUCAGUGGACCUCUUUCCAUCAUCUAUACCCUGCAGAAGAUCUUUGUCCAGAUUGAGAAGACCAACAUGUGUGAUCUGGCGACAUCCUUAGUGAUCAUGGUGGUGGUAUUUCUGGUGAAGGAGCUCAACGACAGAUACAAAGCCAAGCUACCUGUUCCCAUCCCCGUAGAGGUUAUCAUGACUGUCAUUGCUUGUGGCAUUUCCUACGCAUUCGACUUUAAGGAGAAGUUUAAAGUUGAUGUUGUCGGCCAUAUUCCAAUGGGAUACGAGUCCCCAGUGGCCCCAAACAUGGAGAUCAUUGGUCAUACUGCUGUUGAGGCGUUCCCAAUGGCCAUCGUGGGCUUUGCUGUAGCCUUCUCCGUUGCCAAGGUCUACGCUGUGAAACACGAUUACACCAUAGAUGGAAAUCAAGAGCUGAUAGCGUUUGGGGCCAGUAACAUUUUUGGUGCAGCCUUCAAGUCGUUUGCAGCUAGUACAGCUCUCUCCAGAAGUGCAGUACAGGAGAGCACUGGUGGUAAAACCCAGAUCGCUGGCUUAAUCUCAGCACUCAUUGUGAUGGUCGUCACCUUGGCUAUCGGGUUCUUAUUAGAGCCACUACCAAAGUCAGUGUUGGGGGCAGUGGUGAUAGUCAACCUGAAGGGGAUGUUGAUGCAGGUCUGCGAUGUCCCUUACUUGUGGAGACGAGACCGGCCUGACUGUGUGGUGUGGCUGGUGACCUGCCUGGCUUCCAUCCUCCUGGGCCUGGAUCUUGGGCUGGCUGUAGGUCUAGGGGCUGAGUUGAUCACUGUUGUCUUCAGGACUCAGUUCCCACGUUGCAGUGUUUUGGCAAAUAUCACAGGAACCGAUAUCUACAAAGACCGCAAGGAUUACGUUAGUAUAUAUGAACCAGAGGGGGUUAAGAUCUUCAGGAUACCCUCACCGAUCUUCUUUGCCAACAUCGAUUUUUUUAGAGGCAAGCUGGUGGAAGCUGUGGGCUUUAACCCUUUGAGGGUGCUGAGAAAGCGAAACAAAGCCAUGAGGACAAUCAGGAAGCUUCUAGAGAAAGGAGAGUUGCAGAUGUUACCUAAAGGCCUACUCUUCACCAGCAGUGGUCCUAUUGAAGAGUGUGAGCAUUACAGUAACAUGGAGGAUCUGGACAAGCCUAUAGACUUCAAGGACCUUCCUCUCCGGGUGAACUGGAACUCAGACCUUCCUGCCAACAUUCAAGUACCCAGAGUAGAUGUCCACAGCCUGAUCCUGGACUUCUCUGCAGUCUCCUUCCUUGACAUAUCAGCUCUUAAAGGACUCAAAGCAGCAAUCAAAGAGUUCAUAUGGGUUGAAGUUGAGGUCUACAUUGUGGCAUGUGAUGCACACAUCUUGGAGAAGCUGCACAGCUGUAUGUUCUUUGACGAAGACAUCAAAUCAUCAAUGUUUUUCCUGACCCUCCAUGAUGCCAUGUUGCAUGUCUCGGAGAAACAUCCAGUACGCUCAGAAAACACAAAUGUCUAUACAAAGGUGAUAACAACAGCCACAAUCCAACCAUGCAAUGGUCAAGCUGAUACGUGUACCAGGGAUAAUUUAGCAUAUAUAUCAGAGCCAGAAACCAAGUUUUAAAGAUAUGUACAGAACUUUCCUUUCCUGGGAUAACAUGUGUUUCCUGUGAUUGCUGUGCUUUUUGGGGAUAAUUAAUUUAAGGACACGUGAUGGAAACAAGUAAUCAUCAGUACACAACAUACAACUUUUACCAUAUGGAAAUAUUGUCCUUUGGAUUGUUCUUUUGAGCGUUAAUUAUAGGUGGCAAGUAUAUAUUUCGUCAAAAAAGUAGACAUUAGAUUAUUCAAAUGUGUAUGUAUUUCAGAGUGAAUUUGGUUACAAAACCUGACAAGUUGAAGAAAAGAUAUCUAAGAUUGUCAGAUGAGUGAAUGUGCCCUUACAAGCUUAGAUCCAUUGGGCUUUUAAGUUGGAUGAUGCAUGUGGAAAUAAAGCAGAAUGGCUUAGUUUGUGGAUGCCUAGCAGGAAGGCAUUCCGCAAUCUUCAAACACAUUUGGAGGUGUGAGGAAGCAGUACCAUAAAUACAAAUGCAUAUGACAAAACUGUGGAAUGGAGAAAAGGGUGGUUAUACAGUAUCUCACAAAAGUGAUUACACCCCACACAGUUUUGUAAAUAUUUGAUUAUAUCUGUUCAUGU